AUUCCACUACCAUCCAGUUUGAUGCUUGUCUGCUACAGAUGUUUGCCAUCCACUCUUUAUCUGGCAUGGAGUCCACAGUGCUGCUGGCCAUGGCCUUUGACCGCUAUGUGGCCAUCUGCCACCCACUGCGCCAUGCCACUGUGCUCACGUUGCCUCGCGUUACCAAGAUUGGCAUGGCUGCUGUGGUGCGGGGUGUUGCACUAAUGGCGCCCCUACCUGUCUUCAUCAAACUGCUUCCGUUCUGCCACUCCAAUAUCCUUUCCCAUUCCUACUGCCUACACCAAGAUGUCAUGAAGCUGGCCUGUGCUGACAUCCAUGUCAAUGUCAUCUAUGGCCUCAUUGUCAUCAUCUCUGCCAUUGGACUGGACUCACUUCUCAUCUCCUUCUCAUAUCUGCUUAUCCUUAAGACAGUGUUGGGCUUGACACGUGAAGCCCAGGCAAAGGCAUUUGGCACUUGUGUCUCUCAUGUGUGUGCUGUUUUCAUAUUCUAUGUACCUUUCAUUGGAUUGUCCAUGGUCCACCGCUUUAGCAAGCAACAUGACUCCCUCCUACCCAUCAUUAUGGCCAACAUCUAUCUACUGGUUCCUCCUGUGCUCAACCCCAUUGUCUAUGGAGUGAAGACAAAGGAGAUACGACAGCGCAUCCUUCGUCUUUUCCAUGUGACCAUACACACUUCAGAUCCCUAGGUGUCACUAAUCAAACUUCUUUUCCAUUCAAAGUCCUCCCAUUUGGAUUUUGAUAUCAACAUUUUGGAAGACAAUAUUAAGAAAAAAA